UCGUUUUGGUUUUUGUUUCCCCACCCUGCAGUACCCGUAAUUGAGGUUGUGACCUAAAGGGAUUUUCUUUUCUUUCUGUGCCCGGUAUAGCUACUGUACCUACACGGUAUAGCCUCGUUCCUCAUUGUGUGAAUGCUUGUAGCUACCCCGGGUGUGUGUGAUGGUGCAUUAAGAGCUUUAACGGGUACUCAAGCAGUGAGGCAGAGGGUUGUUAUUGAAAACUCUGCUUGCCUGCAGGUGUGGCAAAUUUUUCCCUGUUUUUAUAAACAAUUCUGUAACUCUAUAGUUUCUGCUUGCUAUGGUGGCCCUUGAUUUCUGCAUCCUUGUAGGAAUAUCUAUCUGAAUUUCUUAUAGCCAUGCUCAAAUAUCUGACUACACAAACUUUUUUCAUUUGGCUCGUUGCUGAUGGGUUCUUGUUUCCUGAUCCCACACGUAACAACUUGGUCUCUGCUUGUGCUUCGUAACUGGAGAGUUAUAUCAGGAGUUCUUCUAGCACAAAAAUACUUUUUUCUUCCUCUUAUUUAUUUGUUUGUUUGUUUAUUUACCACCCCACCUUUUUAAUAUAGAAAAUGCUUUUUAGUUAAUUCUCUCUUUUAUUUUUUGCAUCUUGUCUUUAUAAGGUUUGGCUUUGCUUACAUUCUUAACAAAAGAUCGUCCCAAGAUGCAUCAGCUAGUUUUGCAGGCAUUGGCAAAAAACUCAGCAUGGGCAGAGUGUGUUACAGAGGUAAAGCAGAUUUUCUCUUCCAACAUGACUUUACAAGUUCUGGUUUUGUGUUUGGCAUGUUCUGGGCUUGGAAAGGCAAAUGUGGUUCCACAGGCUAAACACACAAAAGUGAGAAUGGGUGACAAUGUGACUCUGAGCUGUGCCCUGACAAAAGCCAUGGAUGUUCUGCAAGUGACGUGGCAAAAGGACUCCGAAGAAUUACAUGAUAAUAUAGCUACAUACAGCAAAACAAACGGAUUAAAGAUUCACAAGCCCUAUGAAGACAGAAUGAAUUUCACAAGCUUGGAACUCUACAAGACAAGCAUAACUUUUUGGGAUACUAGAAUGGAUGAUUCAGGAUGUUACAAGUGUCUCUUCAAUGCUUACCCUUUUGGCACCUUCUCAGGAGAUACCUGCCUGAGUGUUUUUGGUCUCAAUGCAUCUGUCCAUUACAACAUUUCUGAAGGUCGUUUGAUAGUCAUCUGUAAUGCUGAUGGCCUCCCAGAGCCCACCAUCACCUGGAACAACCUGUUCAAUUCUACUCCUACACAGAAGACAGUCAAGCACAAAAAUGGGAUUGUGUCCAUCACCAGUGAACUGGAAAUCUACAACAUUCAGAGCAUCAGUGCACAGGAUUUGACCUGCAGUGUAAACAACACAAAUGAAAAAAUUGAGUUGCCUGUGAAAAUAAAAGGAGAAGAGGGAUCUUCAUUGCUUUGGCUGGUGAUUAUUGUGGUGAUUUUAGUAGUCAUCAUAGUUCUGAUUCUGAUUAUGCUGUUCUGGAGGAAGAUAAUAUGCAGGAGGAGUUGAAGUGCUGUUUUUUGUGUUUUCUAGGAUCCUUGAGGAUUUCCAUCCAUCUACUGGAUCAUUAGAGCCAGCAGCCUGAAGCCAACAUUACACAUAAUGACUUGACUGGCUGGAAAGAAGCAGCAAUAAAAGGAAAAGACGUCGCAUACACUGCCCUAUCUGGAAGCUGAGUUGAUCGCUGAAAUGACUAACACAAUGUUUGUUAUCUGGUCUAGGCCCUUAAUCUUAAAAUGUAGGACUGGAGGGACCACUUGUUCUGCUGCUUUGCAGAGGAGAUUUUGCCAGGUGAAACCUUCUUUGCCCAUGCCACUCUUGGUACUGCUGCUGGGCAACAUAUAUUUGUCUUCUUCCAGUUGAGUUUUGAAAAAGUCCAUGGAUAGAAGCUCUGCAGACUCUCUGGGGAUUCUCUUCCAGUGCCUAAUUGCUCUUGCAGUAGAGAAGAAUUUAAUUUUUGUCAACAUCUGUCUGCAAUUUCACUUUCAGCAGCUCUGAGUUCAUGGCCCUCUUCCUCUCAUCUGGUUUUUCUUCUCUUAUCCAUCUAUUCCAACUUCUUUUUCUCUGUCUGGAAAGACCUACUGGACUCAAAAUCAGAGGACUCAAACCACACUGGAUUUGUCAAAAUUACUGGGGAAGAGCAAUAGGUCUCCAAGAAGGUGAUUAAAAGCAGUAGCAGCCACAGUUUGGAAAGAAUUGUAAGUAACUUAUAUAAUACAUAAAUAAUUUACUUUAUUUGUCUUCUUUCUAAUCCUGGAGUGUUUUCUUCUGGGUUUUUUGAUUUUUUUAGGGAUGUGUGUGGUGGGGUAAAAGAUAUGAGUGAGGAAGAGAUGGUAACAAAGGCCAGUAGAGGAAGCAUUGUCUUCUCCAUCUUUUCUUUCCUUUCUGUUAAUAUCCUAUCCUACUCCUUGCUGAGCAGUCAAAAGGCAUGGACUUGGUCAAUAGUUUUUGUGCUCAUCUUAUGCACUGUUCAGAAUAGUCUUCUCUGUCUUCAUUCAUUUUUAGUGUGUCUUUUUAAACACAGGUGAAUCGCUUAGGUGGCCAAAAGCCAUUAUUCCAUGGCUGGAUCUCCUUGGGUGGUAUGUCACACUCUGAGCUCACUGUCCUGUGUCACUACUGUGGCUGUAAUGAUACCAGCUGGCAGUCUUGCAGCGACUGAGCUUACUCAUUUGUCAUGCUUUUGGUAGCAGAUAAAGACACUGCACUAUUCUUAGGAGCUGGCACCUAAUUCUGCUGCUGUCCCAGGCUGGAUUGGAGCUUCUCUCCCGGCACACCAAGUAGCUCAUCGCUGCCAGCCCAAGCUUGCUGGUCCAGCCAUUUCCAGGCUUAAAAUUCCAGGUGCUUGGCCCCAUCUUGCUGGGCAGCAGCAGGCUGCUCAGGAGGACCGUGCAGUCCUGGGCAUUGCCCUGCUGCUCCUCAUCUUUGUGAGGGGUUGAAGGCUCCAGGUGCCCUUUGCCUCAGUGCUUGUUUUGGUUGGGACAGAGUUCAUUUUCUUGAUAGAAGCUACUAUGAGGCUACCUUUCAGACUCUCCCCUUCCCUCCUGAGGGGUUGUGCAAGCAGCUGUGUGGUGCUUAGUUCCUGGCUGGGGUUAAACCGUGACAAGCUCUGAGCACCGUCACAGGUCUCUGUGCCUGCCACACAGGACGAAGAUUGCUAAAAGCAAGCCUACCUUUGGGUGUACCUUCUUAGUGGUGAAUUUUACUGACAGGAUAGACAGAUGGGAGGAGUGCAGGGAGUCCUCUGGUGAUUUUUUGUUCAGCUGAUGACUGCUAAUGUUUAAGGUGUUUCUCAGUCUUCCUUCUGUCUGAAUGUUUGUUAUUGUAUCAGGAUCACCAACAAUAUUCUCUUUUCUUUUGGCUUUGAUGAGCAUUUGAUUGUGUAUCUGAAAUACUCCAUCUUACCAGAGUGCGUAGCACUUUCGAUUGUGCUUUUUAUGUCAUAUGUUUUCUAAGGGUACAAACUGUCAAUCUGAAAAAUCAACAAUGGAGAUUUAAAACUUAGGACUCAGUGUUCAGAACAACUAUUUUGUUGGCUCUAUAGCGGUGGCCUAUCCAGAGUCUGGUAAAAAGUUUUGCAUGUAUGUCUGCUUGUGUUACUGAGGAUGUGAGGGGUGACAUUUACUCUACUAUUGUAGGCACAGUAUGAAUUAUUUAUUUGUAUAUUUCACUUUUUCUAAUUAAAAAAAACCUGAUCCAACCAAAACACCAACUGGUCCUUUUUUUUUUUUCCUAUUUGUUUGGGAUACCAGAAAUGUGUCACUGCAAUUGGGCUUUUUAGUAGUUUGGAUUUAUACUUUGCUUCUUUUCUGUACAGAAAGUGGGAGUUCAUGGGGUUUUUAAAGUGUUUUGGGGUAUUUUUCUUUUCAAAAGGUUUUGAGCAAAACUUUUGAGAUAAACUUACAGAAGUAUUUCUGACCACAGCAGCUGCACUUUAGUUCAGAUUUGAAAAUAACUUCAGUCAAUCAAAACAGUAUAUUCUAUAUUUUUACAAUUGUUGUCUGUGUCAUGUUUGUUGCUUAAUUAUUUUUUAUCUAAAGUUACGUGCUCUACUGAUACACUGUCUGUCUUGCUUUCUGUACUUCCCUGGAUGAAAAGAAGCCAAAUAAAGCAAAUUUGAACAUAA